UGGCUUUAGCUAUGGCUGAAGCGAGGCGCAAGAAAGGCAGGAUGGGGAAAGCAGGGAAGUUAGGGAAGAGAGCUGAAAUGAGCGGAAAAGGCAGUGGUAUUCAAGUCUAUGUUCGUGUUAGACCAACACCUAACUUUGCUCAAGAUUUGAUUAAAGUUGCAGAGGACAAUAAGACCAUCAAUAUCCAUCUCAAGAAAGAUGACAAGUUAGGUGUGAAUAACAAGCGUUCUGGAUGGUCCUUUAAUGUGGAUGGAUUUCUUCACAAUACUUCACAGGACACUGUCUAUGAAACUGUGGCUAAAAGUGUGGUUACAAGAGCACUGGAUGGAUAUAAUGGUACUAUAAUGUGCUAUGGACAGACAGGUGCGGGGAAAACCUAUACAAUCACUGGAGCCGAAAACUACAAGCAUCGUGGUAUCAUCCCCAGGGCUUUGCAACAGGUAUUUAAAGAGAUCAAGGAACGCAAAGACCAGUCAGUCACUGUGCAGGUCUCUUAUCUGGAAAUCUACAACGAGAACAUGUUUGACCUCCUGUCAAGCUCGCAUGAGGUUCCAGCUGACUCUCAAAUGACCGUAGUAGAGGACUUGCAUGGAGUGUCCGUAAAAGGCUUAUCUGUUCCUUAUACGUCCAGUGAAGAUGAUGCUUUAAAUCUUCUUUUUGAGGGUGGGACAAAUCGGAUAAUUGGGUCACACAUUCUGAAUAAGAACUCUUCACGAUCGCAUUGUAUCUUUACCAUUCAUUUAGAGUCUCAUUCCAGAACGUUAUCGGAUCCAAAAUAUACUGUUUCAAAAAUUAACCUGGUAGAUCUGGCAGGUUCUGAGAAGCUGGGAAAAACAUGGGCUGAAGGGCAGGUUCUGAAGGAAGCCGUCUAUAUAAACAAAUCCCUGUCGUUCCUGGAGCAGACCAUCAUUGCUCUGACUGACUGCGGACGGGACCAUAUUCCUUUCAGGCAGAGCAAGCUCACUCAUGUCCUGAAGGACUCGUUAGGAGGAAACUGUAAUAUGGUACUUGUGGCUAAUAUCUAUGGAGAGGCUGAUCAGAUUGAUGGCACGCUCUCUACGCUGCGCUUUUCAAGUAGAAUGAAAUGCAUUCCCAUAAAUUCAGUUAUCAUUGAACACUACGACCCUGUGCGAGUAGCAAAAAAUCUUCAAAAAGAGGUUGAACAUCUGAAACAGGAAUUAACAUUUCAUGAUACAUUGGCUAACCGUGCUAGCGUAAAUUAUGAGCCUCUUAGUGAGAACCAGAUCGCAGAGAUAAGACGGCAAGUACAGAGGUACCUAGAGGGAUCUGCGGAUGAAAUAGAUGUCAUUAAUCUCAGGCAAAUUCAGGAAGUGUUUAACCAGUUUAAGACCAUGUGGAGCCAACAAGAAGCAGAGUUAAGAUUAAGACAAAAAUACAACUUAAUAGACAAAACCGACACUUCAGCUAUCACAGCAGCCCAAAAGGUUGGCCUGAUAGAUACAGUCGGGCAGCUGGUUGGAGAAGUGGAUGGCCAAAGUUUCGGUAUUGGAGUAGCCCCUUCCUCAUCCAAAUCCAACAGAUCUUUGUCUGCAAGAAAGUCCAAAAGCCGUAAAUCUAAGGGGCAAAACAGCCCUACUAGUAGGAAAGAAGGAGACACAAGUCCAGUUACAAACAGAGAAUCAGAACUUGCCUCUCCUUCAAAAACUCAGCUCUCAGUAUCUGUCAAUGUGCUCGAUGUAAAGGAAGCCGCAAACAAAGAGGCGCAAGAUGCCGCAAGCACUGAUACAAACCGUUCCGAAGUGCCAGCCAAGGAGGAGCCUAUCCGGUCCAGUACUCCUCCAUCCAAAGAGUCAGCUUUUGAAGACUUUAAAAUGGGCAAAGGAAGUGAAAUCGGCCGGAUUUUUAAAGAGAACAAAUCAAUCCUAGCAGACAGGAAGACAAAACUGAAGGAAAUAACUCAGAGGAUAAAUCUGAUCAAACAAGAGAUCGAUACAACCUCACAAACAGUCAACACUACAAAACUGGAGCGAGAAAAGCAAGGUGAAUACAUCAGUGACGAGGGACAGGUAAUUAUAGACGAGCAGGAGUUCAUGCUGAUCAUAAGACUAAAUGACCUAAAGAAGCAGUACAGAGCCGAUUAUGAAGAACACCAGGAUUUGAUGGCGGAGGUCCAGUACUGUCAGAAACUGGUGGAUCAGUGCCGGCAGAGGCUGUUUACAGAGUUUGAUAUUUGGUACAACGAGUCUUUCAUUGUCCCAGAGGAGUUGCAGAAUUCAUCAACAGUAUUUGGUAGCAUCCGUCCAGGACUGAUCCCAACACACAAGCUUAUGUCCUUGGGCGAAGAUGAUCAGGAAACGUUUGAGAAGUUGCAGCAGGAGCUGUUAAAUCAAGAGCCGGAGGCUCUUCCUUUCCACAACGCUAGAAAUAAAUUACUCCACAAGCAGAACUACAACAAAACAGCCAAAAGGAAGCCAGGUCAGAUAACCCGCACAGUGAUAGACCAACUACCAAACACGCUAAGUGUUUAUUAGAGAUACCAUCAUGGACGCGCCUUUUUUCCCUAAUUAUGGUGAUGAUCAUGUGCUGAUGUCAGCUGAAGCCUUUCACAGAUGACCACUUUGCGCUAUACUUGCAUUGUAUUAUCACAGUCUUUACAUCCUACAAUAAAGCCAAGAAAAGAAUGCCA